AUGGAUUCUCUGUCUGUAGAAGAGCUGUCGUGUCCCGUGUGCGCUGAAACCUUCAGAAGUCCUGUGAUUUUAUCGUGCGGUCACAGUUUCUGUAAAGAGUGUCUUCAGCAGUUCUGGAGAAUCAAGGGCACUCAGGAGUGUCCCAUGUGUAGGAAGAGAUCCUCCAAGGAAGAUCCUCCAUAUAAUUUCGUGUUACAAAACCUGAUCGAGGCGUAUAAGCAACAUUCGUCAAGAUCAGAGGUGAUGUGCAGUUUACACGGAGAGAAGCUGAAACUCUUCUGCCUGGAUGAUAAUCAGCCUGUGUGUGUGGUGUGUAGAGACUCACAGAUACACGCUAAUCACACAUUCAGACCCGUUGAUGAAGCUGUGCCCUCAUAUGAGUCUGGUGCAGAAGAUUAUGUAAUAACUCAGGAGGAACUGGAUGAUCUUAAACAAACCAUAUCUACUCAAGAUCUCCCAACAGCAAUAAACACCAUUAAAGAAAGCCUCGAAAACCAAGACCUGGUUGAGCUAAACAUUGCUGUGACAGGAGAGUCUGGUUGUGGAAAGUCCACAUUUGUCAAUGCAUUCAGGGGUUUAGGAGAUGAAGACGAGGGCUCUGCAGAAACCGGCACAGAAGAAACCACUCUGGAGCCUGCAGCUUAUCUUCACCCAAAUUUCAGAAAUGUCAGAUUGUGGGAUCUUCCUGGUAUUGGAACGUCAAACUUCAAAGCCAAGGAUUACCUUGAACUGGUUAAAUUUGAGCGUUAUGAUUUUUUCAUCAUCAUUUCUUCCGAUCGGUUUAAAGAAAACGAUACUCUGUUGGCUGAGGAGAUUGUGAGAAUGGGGAAAACCUUUUACUUUGUCCGUUCAAAGAUUGACCAGAGCAUCUAUUCUGAAAAGAAGAAAAAAAGCUUCAACCAAAAAAAAAUGCUCAAUAACAUCCGAGAGAAGUGUAAAAAGGAGCUGAGCAAGAUUGUAGCGGAUCCUAUCGUGUUCUUGAUCUCCUGCAAUGAGCUCAACAAAUAUGAUUUCCAGCUGCUGCAGAAACGGAUGGAGACGGAGCUUCCACUGCAUAAGAGACGGGUCCUGAUGUUGGCUUUGCCGAAUGUUUCACUGGAUGUAAUUAAGAAAAAGAAGGAAGCUCUAGAGCGAGACAUUGCAAAAGUCUCCUUUAUGUCUGCUUUGUCUGUUUUUCUUGUUCCUAAUCUUUCAAUUACUGUGGAUAUCAUGACUGUAACAAAAGAGACAAAAAAUUACUACAGAGUUUUUGGUCUGGAUGAUGAAUCUCUACAGAGGCUCUGUGAAGUAUCAGGGAAGAGCUUAGUGGAAAUGAUGAGUUUAAUGAAGCCGCGACUGAAAGACAGCCAUUCAGUAUUAGCCUAUUUGAGCUCUGCAGCCUCGGCUGUGGGUGGAGAGUCCAUUUCUGCCACAGAAAGAGCACUUGAGAUACUUCUGAGCACUAUACCCUUGAUUGGUUCUGUGACUUCAGCAGUGAAGUCUUAUAAAACAGUCUCAGCAAUGCUGAAGAAAACUCUGAGUGAUGCAGCAAAAGAUGCUGAGACUGUUUUCAAGGCAUUGCUGGAGACUGAAGCGUAA